AUGGGCUCGAUCAACUACGACUCUUCCGACGUGCUCGAUUUCCUCAUCGUCGGUGCCGGUAUCUCGGGCAUCAACGCCGCCUACCGCAUCAAGGAUGAGCUGCCAGACAAGAAGUAUGCCAUCCUCGAGGGCAGAGAGAACCUAGGCGGCACCUGGGACCUCUUCAAGUACCCCGGCAUCCGCUCCGACUCGGACCUCCACACCUUCGGCUACGCCUUCAAGGAGUGGACGGGUGCCGACAUCGCCGAGGGCAAGGAGAUCGUCGCCUACCUCAACAGGGUCGCCGACGAGAACGGCAUCACCCAAAACAUCCACUUCAAGACCACCGUCACCAACGCUGACUGGUCCACCGAGCAGCGAUGCUGGUUCGUCACCGCCGACCAGAACGGCGAGCAGAAGCAGUUCCGCUCGCGCUUCCUCUACACCUGCACCGGCUACUACGACUACCACGCCGCCCUCGAGGCCGACAUCCCCGGCAUCAAGAAUUUCAAGGGCAAGGUCGUACACCCGCAGUUCUGGAACGUCACCGAGGACGACUACCGCGGCAAGCGCGUCGCCGUCAUCGGCUCGGGCGCCACCGCCAUCACCCUCAUCCCUUCCAUGGCCGACGUCGCCAAGGACGUCACGCUCGUCCAGCGCUCGCCCACCUACAUUGUCUCGCUCGACAAGUACGACCCCAUUGCCAAGGUCAUGCGUGCCGUCAUGCCGCGCAGGAUGGCCGCCUUCCUCAUCCGUCAGAAGAACAUUUUGCGCAUCUACGCCUCCUACCACAUCUUCCGCACCUUCCCCGGCGUCGCCAAGCGCAUCCUCCGCACCAUGGCCAAGGCACAGCUGCCCAAGGACAUCCCGCUCGACCCUCACUUUAAGCCGAGCUACAACCCGUGGGACCAGCGUCUGUGCAUCUGCCCGGACGGCGACUUUUACACGACGCUCCGCGAGGGCAAGGCGCACAUUGCCACUGGCCACAUUGACCAGGUCACCAGCAACGAGAUCAUCCUCAAGAACGGCGAGCGCAUCCCUUGCGACCUCAUCGUCACCGCCACCGGUCUCAAGCUCCACAUUGGCGGUCACAUCCAGACCUCGGUGGACAAGAAGCCCGUCAAGGCCAACGAGCUGUUUGUCUGGAAGGGCUGCAUGAUGGAGAGCCUGCCCAACUACGCCAUCUCGAUCGGCUACACCAAUGCAUCCUGGACGCUCGGCUCGGACUGCACCGCACAGUACGUCGUCCGACUCGUCAAGCACAUGGACAAGUACCACAAGUCCAUGGCCGUCCCCAAGCCCUCGAACCGCGAACAGCUUGAGGAAGGCCCCCUGCUCAACCUCACCUCGACGUACGUCAAGAAGGCCGAGAACGAGCUCCCCAAGGCCGCCACCACGGGACCUUGGAGGAUGAGGACCAACUACUGGUACGACCUCGUCCAGGCAAAGUACGGCGGCUACGACGACAUUGUCUUCCAGUAA